AUGAUCCCAAACAAUCUCUCGGCCUUUGGGAGUACUCCUUCGCGUCAUGUUAACUCUGCCCCUUUAUAUUCAACAUUACCUCGGCAGGAUAAAUUCACGUAUACCUGUCCUAUUGACGCAGAACCUCUGGAUCGCUAUAAAAGAGGUGGCUACCAUCCAAUUCGAAAAGGAAAUUAUGUUGCUGUGAAAAUCUCUGUGUCCGAGACGGGAUGUGACAGCGUGGUGCAAGAGCUAAAUGUGUUGAAGGAGUUGGCAUCGAGACCUGCCUAUUCCCAAUACGUCGUGCGCUUGAUUGAGAACUUUGAGUUGGACGGACCGAACGGGACACAUUGCUGCCUUGUCUUUGAGCUUUUAGGGCCAAGCGUCCCUGACAUGAUUGAUAUGCGUUUCUCUGAUGGGAGGCUGCCCGGAGCACUCGCCAAGGCCAUUACGAAACAAGCUCUUCUUGGACUUGACUUUCUCCAUCAACAGAAGAUUGCACAUGGAGAUCUUCACACUCGCAAUUUGGCUUUUUCCAUAGACGCCAUGGAGAACGUAUCAGAACAAGAAUUUGUUGAAACACUAGGGGAACCAGAAAUUGGCCGUGUCUACAACACUGAUCGGAAAGAUUUAGGACCCGGUGUACCCCAAUAUAUCGUCAGGCCAGCGCGGAGGUUUUCGUCUCGUUCGCCGUCGUUUGUCAAGAUUAUUGACUUUGGUGAAUCAUUUUUGCAGCAGAGUGCUCCUCACAGUCUUCACACGCCGCUACCUGUUCGCGCGCCUGAAGUUAUAUUUGGGGAUCAUUUGGAUUGCCGUGUGGAUCUGUGGAGCCUGGGAUGCAUGAUAUUUGAGCUUUUCGUCGGCCAACCGCCCUUUGACAGCUUUUUGCUAACACCUAAACUCUUGGUGGAUCAAAUGCAAGAGUUGACCAAUGAACCAUUACCUGAAAGAUGGCAGGGAUUAUGGGAAACAAUGAGCGGCGACGUUACCACAGAAGGCUCGAAGAUCAGAUUGCAGGAAUGGUUACAAGAGAUGUAUUUUGAUGGUGAACGAAACACUGAUUUGAGUGGUGAUGAUAUCGUCAGGUUGGGGAAUAUUAUUCAAAAACUGCUGCGUCUCGAGCCGUCUGCCAGGGCGUCAGCGAGGGAAAUACUAAGCGACCCGUGGUUUCUGGAUUAG